CCUCGUCACACCGACGCAGUCUAUCUGCCGACUCCAUGUCAAAUGGGACCAAGGAGAGUAGGUCCACAUACUCACCCUUAAGUAUCUUUUCUCUCACCUGCAAAGACACAUGUAACCCCAGGGGGGCCAUGUCACAGACAGGUCCUCCCAAAGUACUCACCUCACCUGUACCUGAAGGAGGAGCCCCAGAGAGAAGCGCUGAGCCCUGCGCGUCGCCCGCUGCCCCAACGUCCCCGCAGGUGCUAAUCGGCCAAUCACUAAAUGCAGCAAUUGCACCAAUUCUUCUUGACCCUCCCCCACUAGCCCUGAAUCCCCCCCUAACUCCUGUCAAGCUCAAGUGCACUGCAACUCACGGUUCAGGAGAAGGGGUCUCUCUAUCCCAGGCUCCAAUUCCGGUCCUUCUUGUUGUGAAGGUGCUGCAGUCCGCCUGCCUGCUGUUCCGCCAGGGGAGCGGCGGCUCACACUCCAGGGAGUUCUGGUCCAUCCAGUAUGUGGAGAGGAAUCCUGCGUCCCUCCCUGGUGCUCUUUGGCCUCCACCAGCCCGCUACCACCCACUGGCCAGCCCCACUUGCCGGGGGCCAGUGGUGCUCCUUCUCGGAUUCCCCAGUCAAGGAGAUCCGGGACUUCCAGGUUUGUCGGGGGCCUGUGAUGUCUGCGUUCUGGGUCGUGCAGAAGUCAUGUACGCGCCACCCGAGUUCCAGCGAGCGGCACCCCACCUCUUCCUGCGUGCGGUCGCACGCGCCAACUUCACUUCCGCAGCCACCAGAACAUAAGGGUGGUGACUGCAGGACCUCACCUCACCUCACCUCUGGUGCCAUCUUGGGGAACGCCAUCUUGCUGCCCAGACUCAUCCCAGCCACCUCGACCUCUGCAGCACCUGUUGCCAUUCCUCCACCUUGCGAUGCCUGCAACCUGCCACCUGGAGCCAGCCAAACUUGGCCCCGGACCUUCUGGCGAUACUCCGACCCUGGACCUCCUCACCGGACUAGGGGAUAG